AUAUAUGAUUUCUUCGCGAGGUGUACAAUUGCUUUACCAAAAAGAAAUGUUAAAAAUGGUACGACGUCGUUGCUAAUAAAUUUAGUGUGAUCUUAACGUUAAUUUAUCGGAAAUUAUUUAUUUGCCAACUGAACAGUCUUCCUUUGUGAUAACAAAAACCAAAGAAUCAAAGAAAUGUGAACGAUAUUAACUAAAAAUAACGAAAGAAUUUGGUGAACAUUUUGCGUCAGUAACCUUCACAACACGAACCACAGCAUAUUGGUUUAAAUAACAAGUUAGUUGAGUUGAAAUCAAUGUAAAAAUAAGACACACAUUUUACAUACUCAUGCAACUGUUAUUCGAAAAGAAAAGUGAAAUUCCAUUAUGACGUUCAAAUUCGUUCUGAUCAUCGCCUCAGUCAUCACAAUUAGCUUUAGUGAAUAUAUACCCCCAGGUCCUAAGUACAGAUGCCCAAAGAGAGCCGAUGCGAUAUUCCCUUGUAAAUGCACAAAGGAAAGCGAUGCGGGCAUAUCGGUUCGGUGUGAAAACACAAAUUUGGCUAGCUUAUCGGUUGGAUUUAAUAACCUCGUUCAGUACGAUACACAAAUCGAGGAUUUGACUAUAAACAAAUGUCACAUGAGUCGACUGUACGGAAAAUUAUUCUACAAAACAAAAUGUCGCGUCUUAAUCAUUGAAGAUACACCAAUCAAGGAAAUUGCUGAGCAUACAUUUUACGGGAUAAAUGAAACUCUGCAGGAAUUGCAUGUGAUCAAUACAAUUCUACAAGAGUUUCCUAAGAAAGCACUGAAGGCUCUUGGUCACCUGACUGUACUAAAAAUUGAUAGACACAACAUAUCAAAGCUUGAUCCCGAUAUUUUUGCCGAAAGUGGAGCAUCAGAUAAAUUAGAGAAAAUCCAUUUGACCAAUGGUAACAUAUCCGAUCUACCUAUUGAAGCGUUUCAGGUCCUACGAAAGUUGAAGACACUUGAUUUACAUGGCAAUAAAAUCAGUCAGUUGAAGAAAAAUCAAUUUAAGAACUUGCGGGACCUUGAAAUAUUGGAUAUCAGUUUUAACAAUAUUACAAAGAUGGACUCAUCGCACAUAAGUGACUUGACGAAAUUAGGCUUCUGUAACGUAUCUCACAAUAAUUUGGCUGAAUUAACAAGAGGAACCUUCGCUCGAAGCUCUGUGUUGAAAGUCCUGCACAUGGGUCACAAUAAAAUUAAACGUUUGGACAGUAAUAGUUUCCGUGGUAUGCGUUUCUUGAGGCGAUUAUUCCUGAAUGAUAACAGCAUUACCGAUGUUGGGCGUGGUACAUUCGGUUCCGUCACCCGUAUCGGAACAAUCGAUUUGGCAAGGAAUUCUCUCAAGAAAAUUGACUAUCAAAUGUUUGCCCAAUUAAAUUAUGUUGAGGUCAUCGACGUAUCUGAAAAUCAGAUCCAAGAAAUCCAAAAGCAGUCCUUCAAAGACCUGUACCUAACUGUAAUAAACAUCUCAAGGAAUGCCAUCACUAAAAUUGAAUCGAAUUCAUUUGAAAACUGUGCCAACAUAACUCUACUCGAUUUGUCUCAUAACUUUAUCGAAGAUAUUCCGAAAGAGACGUUCGAUUCAACAACUUAUGCAAAUGAGCUCCAAUUGUCGUACAAUUUUUUAAAGGAUUUGGCGCAGGUGCCAUUGCAUAACAUGACUGGGCUGAAAAUAUUAAAUGUAUCGAACAAUGCGCUGACUGCAAUAUCGAAAAACACUUUUCCCAAACUCUAUGAAUUGCAUACGAUUGAUGUGUCGCAUAACAAUUUAUCGAUGAUAUCGAAUGCAGUCUUUCAGACAUUGUUUUCGCUGAGAAGUUUGAAUUUGAGCUAUAAUUCGUUGGAAAAUGUGAAGCCGGGCGUUUUCGGUACUUUACCCACACUACUUGAAAUGGACUUGAGCAACAAUCAGUUGAAUGACAUCGCUAAAGGAGCCCUGACCAAAUUGGCCAGCUUGCGAUUUUUGACGCUGGACAACAAUCAAUUGGAACGAAUAUUCCAAAUACCCAUAUCGUUGAACCAUCUGACGAUGCGAAAUAAUCGAAUAUCCGAAAUAUCGGCAAGAACCUGGCCGAGUAUGAAUGCACUUUUAUCGUUGGACCUAGCCGGUAAUCAACUGAACGAUACGUUGUUCAGUGGAAGCUUUCAGGGGCUAUUGACGCUGCAGAAAUUGAAUUUAAAUUCAAAUGGUGUCACCAAAAUACCGUGGGAGAGCCUGACACCGUUGUCCACAUUACAGUAUUUGUAUUUAGAGAGUAAUAACGUGACUGAAUUACCGAAAAGUGCCUUUGGAAAGUUGCCCGUUGUCUUCGAAGUGAAUCUACAUAACAACCAAAUAUCACAUAUCAGUUCACACGCCUUCGAGGGUCUUCUUCAAUUGCUCACCCUCAAUUUGUCAUCAAACACUCUGAGAACAAUUCCAACCGACGCAUUUUUCGGCUUGGUGUCGAUGAGAAACAUCGAUUUAUCGCAUAAUUUGUUAGAAAAGUUGGAUAAUAAGACGAAUGGAUUGUUUGAUGACUGUCUAAGUUUGGAGAAGAUUAAUUUAAGUCACAACAGAGUCAGUUUCAUUACCCGGAAAUCGUUUUCAUCGAGCCCAUAUAUCCCAUAUCGUUUGGCGGAUAUUGAUCUGAGCUACAAUGCCAUACCAGUGUUAACGUAUGACAUAACAUUUGGAACGAAAAAAGUGAAGAAAUUGAAUAUUUCGCACAAUUCAAUAAACGACAUCAGACGAGGUGUACUGGGCAACCUGACAUCAUUGGAAGAUCUGGAUAUGUCGCAUAACGAUCUGCACGAUCUGACUACAGAGGCGAACAUAUUCAAGUUGCCCGAGAAUAUCACUUACUUGAGACUCAACCAUAACUCAUUGCAGAAUCUUCCAACAAAAAAUAUUGUUAACAUGACAAGGCUGUCGAUGCUGGACAUUAGAGGCAACGAAUUGGCAAGUGUUGACUAUGAAAUAAUCAAACAAAUUGAAAAGGGUCUACUGGUGCGCUUUGAAGAUAAUCCAAUAAAUUGCGAUUGUCACCUGCGUCCAUUAAAUCACUUUUUCAGUACGUUAACCACCAUACCUGAUGAUUUUAGCAAUAUCACUUGCCACUCCCCUAAGCAUAUCCAGGACGUUAAACUAAUCGAUGUGGCUGACGAUCAUUUGAACUGCGUUAACAACAGCGAAAGUUUCGAAUUUCUAGAAGUUCAACCGGAUUUGAAAUUCCGAGACAUACACUACACCAGGGCGAAGUUAUACAUUCAAUGGUAUGUCACAUCACCGAACAAAGACAUUGCCGACUUUUACAUAAUCGUCCGAAACAAGGACAACACCAUCCUCUUCGAAAAGCAUCUAGCCUACGACGAACGGAGUGUUGAGAUUUUGGAAGACGAACUUCCCAAAAACUUCAGAGAUCACAUCGAAGUGUGUGUUCUGGCCAAAAAUAGUGACGGUGUGAUCCGAAGUUGGUUCAUUUCGCAAUGCUUCGAUUUGACGACCAAUUUCGAAACGGUCGUGCGUAAAUUCAAUGCAAAUUACAACUACGAAUAUUCGAUUGUUUCGCCGAAAAAGAAAGUUUUGGGCAGAUCGAACAGGGACGGUGAGAGGUCUCGAGCCGUCGAUGCUGUGAUGAGCGUAAAUUUGAUUUUGGUUUGUUGUUUGUUGACCAUUUUGAAUAAAACGAUUAGGUGGGUUUAGUUCGCCAUAACUAAAAUAUUGUUUAAUC